CCCUUUCCGAGCGGCGCUUCCUCCUCCAGCACAGCGGGAUGAGAAUGGUGGGGUGAGGGGUAGAAGAACUAAGUAAAUGAAGUGCUUAGUGUGCAGUAGAGAAGACUUGGGAACAACUCAAAUGCAUCACUAGCGAAUUGGUUAAGAGACUGGAGCACAUCCAUGUCGGGAAGCUGACGACCCCGCCAGUGAAGAAACAUUGUUAGGUCGGCGGGGUCGUAUGUCAUGCUGUUAACAGAGAUCCUGGGGGACUCAGCCACAUUGUGGGAGGUGUUUCCUCUUCCAUGCCUGGGUGGCGAAAACGGUUAAACGAUGUGUUAGCUGUGAGGGUUGAAGGUCCCAACCCACCCAUAGGCAGCUGGAAAGAUAGACCUGGUGAUUUCCAUCCAAAAGGUCACAGGCCUGAAAACCCUAUGGAGCAGUUCACACACAGGGUCACCAGGAGUCGGAGUUGACUUGAAGGCAACUAACAGCACCAGCGUGGAUUUCUAUAUUGUUUGAGCUCCUUGCCCCCUUUUUUUUUCCCACGAUGGUUUGUAUUACUUUUCUCGUUGAAACAAAAAAGGCAAUUUAACGCAAAACCCAAAAUACACACCAUUCCGGAUGAUUGUGGGGAGUAACUGACAGGGUAAGGAACAAACGUGUGUCGUACAUUGAGAAGAACCUGUGGCUGAUGGCGUGGAAUCAUGGCCAUGAGCCUGUCUCUGAAACCACUGGGCCUGAUGUGUUUUGGAAUUUAGACAUUUUCAGAUUUGAGAAAGAUACUACAGUACCCCAUCUCCAACAGGAUCUGGGGCAACACUCAAUAAUCAAACAUGUUCAUUAAAAUUUUUUAUUGAAGUAGAAUAUACAGUGAAACCUGUGAGAGCCGGAGUUUAACGGGACUGCCUUGUUUUUCCAGCUCUCACAAAAUUUCUGCCCUCGACAGGGUGCAGUCUGACCUCUUUUCUAUCGCUUGUUUUAGUGGAAAAUAUUUUGAGUUUCGCUUCUCUGGCCAGUUUCCUUCCUACACGGGUUCCGGCUUUCACAGGUUUUACUGUAUAUGCAGAGAAACGCACAUAUUAUUGUAAGUACGGCUUGAUGAGUUUUACCUGAAUGUUUACAUUAAUAUUUCUGUUCCAAAAUAUAUGACCACUUAGCUUAAGUGGAAUAAAUGAAGAUUUAUAAAUUGUCUCUUAUCAGAGGUCAGAUGCUGCAGCCAAAUGAGCUAGGUUAGGUGUGGCUGUCAAGCAGGUCGUGGGAAAGCCCGGGUUUGGGCUUUCAGAGCUGUGGCUGAGGGGCUGUGGACCUGUAUGAGGAGUGACAGUCACAUGAAGGCAUUACAGCCCAGCUUCAAACAGACUUCAGGUCCCUGAAGGACAGGGAGAGGCGCGAGUUCCUAGCAGAAGGUUGGGCAGCCCUGCUUGACCACAGCGCUGGGCUGACCAGCAGGUAGUGCCCAUCCUGCAGGUGGCGAUGUGGUCUCACCAGGGGCCUCCCCAGUCCCUGGGAAAUGACUCCUAACAGCUUUUGAGGGAAACCCUUGUUUUCUGGUUUUCAGUACAAAAAUAAUACAUGAUAAAGGGAAAACAGAGGAGAAAGAGAGAGCAGGGAGACGGGGAUUGGGCUCUCGAGGUCCUUCCGGGCAUAGCUGAGGCCUUGAGGACUGGCCGCGCCAUGCUCCUGAAGGAUUGAGCUGGACGCCGUACACGUGGCACCUCCGCAGAUCCCCAUGCUGGCUGGCUCUCGUUCAAGAUCACCAGCAUCCUUUUCAAGAUAUGCUUUCUGAGUCGGACGAGAUGAGGCCUUUAGGAGCUGCUCAGGAGUUACCUGACAUCAAGACCGAGCCCAAAGAGUCACACGAUGAGGGGGCAUCACAGGGGGAAGAGGCUUCAAGUGCACAGAAGCGGGCACCCCUGAGGUGUGGCUUCAGAGAGAAGGCUCUUCUCUUGCCUGGUAGAGCCCGCCCCUCUCCACAGGUCCCGGCUGUUUCCCGGGAGGGGAGAAGCAGAGACCGGCAGAUGGCUGCGGCGCUCCUCACUGCUUGGUCCCAGAUGCCGGUGACCUUUGAGGAUGUGGCUUUGUACCUCUCCCGGGAGGAGUGGGGCCGCCUGGACCACACGCAGCAGAACUUCUACAGAGAGGCCCUGCAGAAGAGGAAAGGGCUGUCCUUGGGGUUUCCCUUCCGCAGGCCUUUCUGGGCCUCCCAGGUGCAGGCGAAGGGCGAGGCCUCAAGCUCCGGCCAGCAGACAGGAGAGGAGGAGGACGAAGAGAAGACGGCCGUGUGCACAGAAGCUGUGGAGGUGGGGAUGGAGGUCCCGGCCCCUGCUGCCGUUCGGGAUGUGAAGCCCUUCAGAACCACAGCAGGGGCUGCCCUGCACUGUGGGCAGCAGGCCUCCGGGAGCCAGGGCUCAGGAGAGACUGUGAACAACAGGCCGCCUUGGCCUCUGGAGCACGGGCAGCUGAAGACAGCUCCACCAGCCAUAUGCCUUCCAGAAACCCAGGAGGGUGACAUCCCUGAGAAGCCCAGUGAGGAGGAAGAAUGCAACACUGAGGCCGCGGAGAGCGGCGAGGAGGGCCUGGCCGCCGAGGGCGACGGCAGCAAGAAGACCUACAAGUGCGAGCAGUGUGGCAAGGGCUUCAGCUGGCAUUCACACCUGGUGACGCACCGGCGCACACACACGGGCGAGAAGCCCUACGCCUGCACGGACUGCGGCAAGGGCUUCAGCAGCAGCUCCCACCUCAUCCAGCACCAGAUCAUCCACACGGGUGAGAAGCCCUACACCUGCCCCUCCUGCUGGAAGAGCUUCAGCCACCACUCGACGCUCAUCCAGCACCAGCGCAUCCACACCGGUGAGAAGCCCUACGUGUGUGACCGCUGUGCCAAGCGCUUCACCCGCCAUUCAGACCUAGUAGCCCACCAGGGCACCCACACGGGCGCCAAGCCCCACAAGUGUCCCGUCUGCAGCAAGUGCUUCACGCAUAGCUCGGCCCUGGUCAGUCACCAGCGCACCCACACCGGGGUCAAGCCCUACCCGUGCCCCGAGUGCGGCAAAUGCUUCAGCCAGCGCUCCAACCUCAUCGCCCACAACCGCACCCACACCGGCGAGAAGCCCUACCACUGCCUUGAGUGCGGCAAGAGCUUCAGCCACAGCUCGCGCCUCAGCGCCCACCAGCGCACCCACCGCGGCGUCCGGCCUUACUCCUGUCCCCUGUGUGGCAAGAGCUACAGCCACAGCUCCAACCUCAUCGCCCACAAACGCACCCACACCGGCGAGAAACCCUACCACUGCCUAGAAUGUGGCAAGAGCUUCAGCCACAGCACGCGCCUCGCCGCCCACCAGCGCACCCACCGCGGCAUCCGGCCCCACACCUGUCCCCUGUGCGGCAAGAGCUUCAGCCGCCGCGCCAACCUGCACCGGCACGAGAAGAUCCACAGCACGGGGCCCAAGGCCGUGGCCACGCUGGUGCAGGGGGCAGCCGGGGAUUCCCGGGUAGCGCCUUCACUGGUACCCACCUAGGAGACUGGAGAGGGCCGCCCUGGAGGGAGGAGGGAGGAGGGAGGGCUUGGGAAGGGGGUCAGGAGGCAGCAGGCGUGGGGUGGGGCAUGGCCACGGGGGGGGACCUGGGGCCAGCGGAGCUACACU